AUGGAUAUCGACGAGGACGACGACUUUUAUGGCACCGAGGAGCCCGCGAAUGCGGCCCCGGAGAGCAACUCACCCAAACAAGAUUCCAAGUCGGAGGAGCUAGAGGAAGGCGAGGAGGAAGAUGAGGGUGGCGCCAUGGACGAAGACGAGGACGAUUCGGAUAUCGAAAUAGUCACCGAGCGCAAAGACGGCACAAAGGCAGCACCUCCAACACAGUCACGCUACAGCGACAUCCGAAACAUCCCACAAAGGUCGGCUUCGAAUGACAUGACCGUCAAAGCCGCCCCGCCCAAGAAGGAGGAAGAUUCUGCAAGAGCCUCGCCCUCUGACCUUCCGUCGGGUAUUCCAAGUGCCGACAAGGCCGCCGCUGCAGCCUCCAAGUCCACCAUCGACGUCAACGCGAAUCCCGAUUACCCCCCCGUCGGCAAGCCCAUUACCGCCGUCAACAUCGACGAAGAUCUGACCGAGAACGACAAGCCAUGGCGUAAACCCGGUACCGACAUCAGCGACUACUUCAACUACGGCUUUGAUGAGUUCACCUGGGCGCUCUAUGCCGCCAAGCAGGAGGCCAUCCGCGGCGAGUUUAGCGGCGACGCAAUCGCUGCCGGUCAAAAGAAGAUGAUGGAGGACUUCGGCAUGAUGAUGAUGGGCGGCAUGAACCCCGCUGCCGCCAGUGCGCCGGCCGCAGCCAUGCCCGGCAUGGCUGGCGGUGGUAUGGAUGGCAUGCCGCCCGAAAUGCAGGCCAUGAUGCAGCAGAUGAUGGGCCAGGGGAUGGAUCCCAGCCAGAUGGACCCCUCGGCCAUGUCGGCCAUGUUCAGCGGCAUGCAAGGACAGGCAAACGCGGGGGGUCAGGGCCAGAAUUUCAACCAGGGCUUUGGUGGAAACCAGGGACAGUACGGCGGCUAUGACCAGCAGCAGGCAAUGGGUGGCGGCGUUAACCGCGGUGGCUUCGGGGGAAGAGGCCGUGGCGGGCGCCGUCAGUGGUGA